AAACCCAGAUGGAACCCGAUACUCCAUGGCACCGAUGUAACACUCUUCAAUGUGAUCAAAUGACAUACAAGAAAGUGUGAGGUGAGUUAAUUACAGUGUGUUUGUGUGCAGACAGCGACACAUCUGAGAUUUGCACCGGGGAUCAGUGAGCUGCAGCUUCACCAUGGUGUAUGGUCAGGUCCUUCACCAGCCUCAGGACUGCUUCAUUAACGUCAACGUCGGAGGCUUCAAACAGCGAAUGGACCAAACGGUUCUGAAACGGUUCCCUCAGACACGCCUCGGUCGUCUUCUGUGUUGCAGCUCCAAAGAAGCCAUCCUGGAACUUUGUGAUGACUUCAGUCCCUCUGACAUGGAGUACUACUUUGACCGUAGCCCCAGUUUUUUCUGUUAUGUUCUCAACUUUUAUCUCACAGGGAAAAUCCACCUGGUGGAUGGGCUGUGUGUAGUCUCAUUUUUCCAAGAGAUUGAGUAUUGGGGCAUCAAGGAGCGUCACCUGGACUUCUGCUGCAGCAACAAAUUCCAUGAGCUGAUGGAGCUUGCUGAUAAUCAGCACUGGGAUCAGAUGAGCGAUGAGAUGCAGCUCCACAGUUUGGGCUCUUCUGUUGAAGAGCUGUCGGUUUUGGAGGAUGACGCAGAAAUGUUUGAGGGCACCUGGUGUGCAAAUGUCCGCAGGAGUGUUUGGAUUCACCUCGAGAAUCCAGGUUUCUCAACUCCAGCCAAAGUGAUGGCUGUAGCAUCCCUCAGUGUGGUCAUCAUCUCCAUUGUAGCCAUGUGUGUGCACAGCAUGCCAGACUUCCAUCAGGUGGACCUCGAUGAAAAAGAGAUUGAAAAUCCAGUACUGACUUUCUUUGAGAACCUCUGUGUCCUCUUCUUCUCUGCUGAGUUUAUUCUUCGUUUGGUUGUUGCACCAUCAGCCAAGAAGUUCUUGAGCAGCCCUCUGAACAUUAUUGACUUAUUGUCAAUUCUGCCCUUCUAUGUCACUUUAGUCUGUGAUAUGAUGAAUGAGGAUGACAGCACAGACCUGGAGAAUGUUGGCAAAGUGGCACAGAUCUUGAGAUUGAUGCGAGUGUUUCGAAUUUUUAAGCUGGCUCGUCAUUCAGCCGGCCUUCGCUCUCUUGGUGCCACGCUGAGACACAGCUCUCGUGAAGUGGGGCUGCUGGUGCUUUUCUUGUCUGUGGGAAUUUCUAUGUUUUCUGCUCUCAUUUACUUUGUAGAGAAAGAAACCGAAGAGUCAGAGCUGCAGACCAUGCCUAUUGGCUGGUGGUGGGCCACCAUCAGCAUGACCACAGUAGGCUACGGGGACACAUUCCCAGUUACCUUAGCUGGGAAGCUGAUAGGAACUCUGUGCAUCAUCUGUGGACUGCUGAUUGUGGCUCUGCCCAUUACUAACAUCUUCAACAAGUUCUCUAAAUUCUAUCAGAAGCAAAGACACUUAGAUUUGAAGAGAAACAAAACUGAACCCUCUUCAGCUUGUGGUCAACAGGUUGACUGAUUGAUAUGGUUUUUCCAGGACCGAUACUAAAUAUUAGUAAUUAAAGAGACUCAUAACUCAUAGUUGGAACCGAAACAUAUUUGCAGUAAAACGUCUGCGUAGAAUCUCAUUCAUCCAGGUCCUAGUAAUCCUCUGAUCUGGAUGACUACAAGUGAGGCCACUUACUGUCAAUUGAAAUUCUUAGGAUUUGCAGUAAAAACUAAAAUCUUGGUGUCAACAUGUAAAAUACCUAAAACUCCAGUGCAAACCUUCACUAAAAUGUCUUUAUUUAUUCAUGUUCUACAUAUGUUUAAUUUAAACAGAGCUUUUUAACUUUUGUUCUGUAGCAUUAUUCAUGAAACUACUCAUGACAUCAAAUUGCGUUGUGGGCGGGACAGAGAGAGACAUCAGACAUCAAAUAGGACAUUUUAAAAAUAAUUGUUUUUAGCAGGAAUUGCUUUUAAAUAGAAUGAUACUAUUAAUCAGAAAACUGUUGAAUAUCUGCUCCAAUAAGCCAAGUCGACCCCGACUGUGUUCUUCAGAGUACCAGGACACAGCGCAAGAACUUUUAACCCCACAAACUCAUUCAUCAGUCACAUCCACUGGGAGGAUUAGCAGACACAUGGAGCUUUCAAGUGACGGUGAAUCAGGAUUGGGUUUGGUUCACCAUUUUCUAUGAGCAAGGUGAAAAAGUUAGCUGCCAAAUAAACUGCAUGAAAGUGACCUAAAUAAAUGAUUGGAAGUAAGUUUUGUCUUGUUUUUUUUUUUUUUAAAUUUUGAAUGAAUAAAAUACUCCUCUAUUCUAUAAAAUUAUAGAAAUUCACUAAAAAUAUUCAUCAUGAGACAUUAAUUCUAAAGCAUUUCACCAAUAACCAGCAGGGCAAAGAUACUCAAUGUGGUAUCACUGAGGACAUAGAAAACCAAGAUUUAGAAACUAUAAAUUUCUGCUAUUACGGCUUUAAAUAAUAAACAAAUCAGCUGCAUAGUAAAAUCCAUUUAAACAUAGAUCACAUUAGCCACUAUUUGCUGCUAAUCAUAGCAGACCAAGCAUGACAUUGUUGUGUUCUAUUGCUUCUAAUGAAAACGUUCCAUUUCUAAGGGGGAAAAUAUCUUUUAGGUAAUAAUUUCAACACAAAAAAAUUCAGCAAUUUAUUUCACCUAAUUACUCUGCCAAGGAACGUGCUGGUCUGUCUGUCUGUCUGUCUGUUAGCAACAUUACUCCAAAACGAAUGAACGGAUUUGGAUGAAAUUUUCAGGGAAGGUCAAAAAUGACACAAGGACCAAGUGAUUAGAUUUUGGCUAUGAUGUGGCUUAUAGUCUGGAUCUAUGGAUUUGUUUAAAAUUUCUGUGUCAUUGCGAGAUAGCAGCACAGCAUCACUGUAACUAUGACAACAAGUAUGUUAACCGCCUGCUAGCGAUCACAUGAUUGCAAAUCCACCACUGUGGUCCUGUCAGGACUUAUCCGUCAGAAAUGAUACAAGGAACAAUUGAUAAAAUUGUGGUCGUAUUUCCAAAAACACGAAUUGUUCAAAGAUUUCGUCCAUUGGAAAUCAUACGACUGAUCAGUCUUGGCGGAGUACUGUGCUCUCUGAUUGUUUGAUUGCUGCUGCCAACUCUAACAGUAUGCUGGACAUGACACAGCAUUAUGCAUUUGUUAGUGUCCUUAGUAUCAGCUAUACUGCACCAGUCACUCUCUGCUAUUGAUCUGUGUCUCUGUGGUAUUUUGUUUCAAAAUGCUUUUAAUUGCUUAAGUCAGUGAGAAGCCUCCUGCUGUGUGCAGGGUCAUCAGUGUAAUGAGCUUUUCAUCAAUGUGCCUGGGUCAAGAAUCAAUAAUCAUCCUUAGAAGGUGCUGAAUUCACAAUCCAUCCCACGAUACGUAUCGAUAGUCUUUAAACAGAGAAGAAUAAAGCUGACAAUAAACCUUC